AAUCAGGAGUCUCCUGUUUUCAUCUCGACCAUGCCGCGUUGAUUUCCGGCCAAUUCUUACUGUGUUAUUAUAUUCAGUAUUUUCCGUUCGGGGGUCCCAAUACCCAACAUGCAGGGGAAAAACGGCCCCAGUCCGGGGACGCCACCGUCGCCGGACUCAGCAGAGUCACCACAGUCAAAGCCCGAGUCAAAGGCAGAUCAACCCCAUGUUCAAGUCCCAUCAUCUACGACGGCUGGCAUUGCAGCCCUUAUCGAUGACUUCUCCCGCUUUCGACCCCAGGAUUCCGAAAAUUCGGAUGAUAUGUCACAGCAAGCCGCCGCGACUGAAGUUUCCGCUGGAUCCAAAGGCAGUGGUGAUGGAAUUGGAAUCCGACCUUCAUCGCCGGCCUCCGAUGCUACCGAGCCCCCCCACGGCGCCACGGACGCGGGCAUGUCGGCCGACGAGCAGCACAGUACCAGCUCAGGUGAAGGCAGGCUCGGAGGCGACGACCGAGACGAUGGCGGCCAAUCCGAGAUGAUCGACCGCAUCAUGAAGAGUUUCUGCGCUUCGCUCGACUCCAAGAUCGCUGCCAUCACAGAGCCUAAAGCACGUCCAGGUGUCAAGGAGGAGGGCCUUGGGAUGGCGUCCUUUGCUGCCGCCACAACUGUCGCAAAGGACGCAGCCCCGAGUGCACCGCAAAAACCCGCCAGGAAAAUAAAAUUCCGGCGUGGCCCCGGCGACGUGCAACCGGAGCCGACCGCCCCAGGUUUUGGUAUGGGGAUGCUACAGCCGAGCUCGAUGGCCUCGCUUUUUACUCCAAUGUUAGCCGCAGCUCACGCCCCAGUUCCGCCAGCUCUAGGGUUCCCAUCAACAACACACAGGUCGACGGUGCCCCAGAACCAAAGUCCGCCUCCACCUUCGUCAUCCGUGACCUUUACGCCACUCCGUUCCCGCCAGCAGUUGUCCACGCCUUCUCCACCACCUCCUCCUCCCCAAGCGCCGAUCAGAUAUGCCCAUCAAGCGGGCGGCUUGCCCAGUCCGCCUCUCACUAGCACACCCCCGAGUCGUAGCAUCAUUCGACCUUUGGGUUUCUCGCGAAACCAAGAAGUUUCGGUGCCAGGAGUUGGGCCGGGCAGUGCCGCAGACAUUUCUGGCGUCCGAGUCCGCUCGGUGCGAGCACGGGAGGCGGAGCGGCGAGUAGUAGACCCGUCCCUAGACCGCGCCCAACAUGUCCCUGAUAUCCCGACCGCGAGCGGUGGACAGGUGGUACCCGAGGGGAGCGACUUAACAAACAUCAGCCGACGAGAGCCCAUCCCUGCCUCGGAGAUGCGGUACCGGCAGAUUAGGAGGGCCCCUCGACACCCAACUGUCACCUCGGAGUCAACAACACCUAGCGCUCAUACGUUUCAGGGGGCGCGCAGUGGCGAGAUCCACCACCAACCUACCGCCCUUGACGGCAGCGCUCAACUGGAUGGCCAACUAAACUGGUCCGCCUCGGAGUUGCGCCGCGAGGACGUCAAUGCUGAGGCCAAUGCCCCCUCGAUCGAAGAAGAGGUGCAUCUGCCGUUCGUUGGAUACACUCUCAAAAACUUCAAAAGCCAACCAUUGUCGCACCAAUCCAUGCCCCCUCUUGCCAACCUCCGUAACCAAGACAUGAUCCCCUCUGUCCAGAGGUAUGGGCCGGAAACCUUCGAGGGUUGGCAAGCUCCCCAGACAAUGAAGCGGGCGGCUGGGCCCGAGCCAUUGGGUCCCGAUACAUCACCUGAAGCUCCACAAGAAACAGACGGCGACGGCCGGCGCAAGAAGCCUAAGCGAGCUUCAUUGAGCGCCGGUGCCACUAGCGAGGAGAAGGGCACGGGAAAGUUUGCCUGCCCAUAUUUCCAAAGGAAUCCGAAAAAGUACCGCAAGUGGACUUCAUGCCCCGGACCUGGCUGGGACGAGGUGCAUAGGGUCAAAACGCACCUCUACCGGCGACACCCCCUUCCUAUCCAAUGUCCCCGGUGUUGGGAAACAUUUAAAGCGGAGGCCCAACUCCAAUUACACCUGCAGCAAGACCCACCAUGCUCCGUUCAGAGGAAUCGGACCCUUCAAGAGGGCUUUACCAAGGAUCAAGAGAAGAAGUUGCGGAGUCGCAAGAAGGGACAUGCGGAUAUGACCGAUGUGGAUAAAUGGCGCGAGAUCUACAUGAUUCUUUUUCCAGAUGAUGAGCAGAGCGCUAUCCCGUCACCAUACUACAAUGAGUCCGAAGAUGGAGGCGAAAAUCAGGCACCGAACGGCUAUGGGGAGCUGGAAGACUAUGCCACAUUCAUCCGCCGAGAGAUGCCCACCCUCGUGCGGCGAGAGUUGGAAACACUAUUCCGCGAAGAGUUCCAAGACAUUGAGGAGCGAGUCCGCCCGCGCAUUGCAGAUAUUGUUAUGAACCUGCAGCCGAGACUGCUAGGUCUCUACCAGCAGUCGCAAAUGCCCCUGAGCGAGUACGGGCCCCAGCAACACACAGGUGCUACAAGUGGUAGCGAGCCAACCCUCACGCCGUCGCUAUCACAGAGCGCGGGCUCGGCAACGGGGUCGGGCCCGGACUCAACCCCCGACAUGGCCUUUGGGGUCGACAAUGGUUUUACGGGGACCGAAGCCCAACUGGGGUUUUACGGCAGCGGUUUGGACGAACACUGGAACGGGCCAUCUCCAGGAAGUCAUAUGCAACCCCAAGCGCCACAGGCAAACAUCGGUCUUGGAUUGAACUGGGACUCUGAAUUCAACAACCUGCUGAAUCCUGCGCUCUUCUUUAUGCCUCCUCCCGGGGGUUUGCCAAUGGGCUACUAGUACCCACACUCGGGAGCAACACACAACGGAUGAAGGCUGGCACUCUCAAGAUUCAACUGACGUCAUGACAC